GAGCCCUGGUUUUCAUACCGGUGACUUAGCAAAGUUGUUAAGAAAUUGAAACUUCCCCUUAAUUUGUGUAAAUAAUUUACACUUUCUUAACCAAUUAUCUUUAAUCAAUAUAAAAAAAUUAUUUUUUAACCUAAGUUAUAUAAUUAAUUUAAAAUAUUCACUUAUUAUAUAAGCUAUAUCUAUAUCGGUUUAUCGAUUAAAAUAUUUAUAAUAUUUAGUAAGUGAUUUGCAUGCUAGGCAAUUAUUUGUGUGUUGGGGGGAUGGGAGAGGAAGAGAGAAAUAUUUUAGUAAUUGCAUUAAAUUAUCAGCCGCAGGGAAUGUUAUUGCGCAAAGCUGAUUUCCUUUUUCCUCCUAAUUUGGCUAAUAAAUGGUAAAAUCAAUUUAUAAUGGACACUUAAACCCCCAAAGAAAUUUUUAUAAUGGACUUAAUGACGAUAUUCUUAAAUCUUAUUUUAUGAUGUAGCUCUUUAAAAACAGAAUCAAGAUCAAAUACAUCAGUAUUUUACAUAUAAAGGGACCCGAGCAAGAAAAAGAUGAACAUGAUCACUACACAAGAAAAUUCUAGUCUCUAUAAUCAGAAUAUCAUAUCAAGAUUAUUCUUGUGGGUAGUCAAAUACCAUCGAUCGAUCACUCUAUUUUACUCUUCAAACCUAACUUGUGUGUUAUAUUGACAAAGGUUUCAAUUGGAAGAUGUCGAUGGAUGCAAGUGAUUCCAACGCCACUGUGAUCUUCGACACAUCAAAUUCCAAGUAUUUGGUGCUCUUUGAUAGACUAGCCAUUGAAACAACUGUUACUGACAAAGCCAGCAUAGCAGAGGAAUGGGUUCAGCAAGUUCUGUCAACAUAUGUGGGAAAGCAAAUGGUAAUUGGGUUGGACACUGAAUGGAUGCGUGACCAAAACAAGAAGAUGAAAGUUGCAAUUUUGCAACUAUGUGUUGAGGACAAAUGUCUAAUAUUUCAAAUGUUUCGGAUGGAUUAUAUUCCCCAGUCCCUAAGGAGUUUUAUGGUGCACUCUGACUUCAAAUUUGUUGGGGUUGGGAUUUUGCAAGAUAUUAAAAGGCUUAACAAUGAGUAUGGCUUGGAAUGCAAUGAGGGCAUAGACGUGUCCAAAUUGGCAAAAACACAAUGGCCUAAUAGAUUUUCUUCUCUGGGACUGAAAAAUUUGGCAAAGGAGUUGGUGGGUCUUAAUAUGAAGAAGUCAAAGGAAGUGUGCACAAGUGAAUGGCAAUUAAGGGAGUUAACACUAGAUCAAGUUGAAUAUGCCUGCAUUGAUGCCUAUGCUUCUUACAAGAUUGGUAAGAAGCUCCUCAUUGAAAAUGGAGUUUCCCCUACCCUUUUCAAUUGAAUUUUUUUCUCUGUUUGAUCCAUCUACCUGUUCAUCUGUAUGUUAUAUAUUGCUUUGUGCUUUUUGCAUUUUAAUAAGCUAAAUAACCAAACUGAUGCUGCUUUGUGCUUUGUGUUUAAUCAUUCUGUAUAUGGACAAAUGUUGAUGCAUCAUUUAUGUAUUAUUUUUCUGUUAUCUUCUUCUGUGCUAUUUGGCACACGGAUUUGCGGUUUUAGCUUAAUUGUUGGCUCUUCGUUAAUUGAUGAGUUAGUUUGUUAUAUUUUUGUUUAUGACUUAGUCACAAAUCAAAUCCUGUUAGCUUUUUUUUUUUUUUUUUAACAAGUUGUUGUAUUGACAAAAUACUAAAACUAGUUUUUUUUUCAUUAAUCCCAUGAAGGAAUGUAAGUGGGUAAGUUUUGUUUCUUAAUUUGUCUAACCUAAAACUAAGGUUAAAACUGUUUAUUUAUUUAUAAAGACUUUCUUAAAGUUUAACUUAUUUUUUAAAGUGUGAUUAGUCUUAAAAAAUUAUUUAAAACUCCGACUUUAUAUUUUUUUUAAAUGUUUAACUUAAAAGUCUAUUUGAAAAACUUUACAAUAUACUAGCAUGUUGUGCCUAAACUGCAUGUGCAUUAUAUAGCUAUUUUAAAUUUAAAUAAAAUUAUAAAUAAAAAAGGUUAAACAAAAUAAUAUAGUUUUUAU